AUGACCGAGGCGUCCACCUCGACCGCCGCCAGAGCGGCACCCACGCCCGCCUCCUUCAACGACUACAACACCGCGCUGCAGACCGCCGCGCUGAAAGCGACCAAGCACGCCGCACAACUCCCCGCCGACAUCCCCUUCCACCGCUCCGUCGACCGCGCGUUCGCUAAAGACAUCGACACCGCCUCCGCGCGCGUCCUCGCGCUCGCGAACCGCCUGCUCGCGCUUGCGGCUACGACCGACUCGAGCGCCGCGGCGAAGCGGAAGGGGAAGGCGAGGCUGGAAAGCGAGGAGGAUGUGGUAGACAACUUCCAUGCGGUGGUUGUGGACUCGAUGGACCAGCUGUUAGAGCGUGCAGACAUUCGUCUGGACGAGUUCCUGGGACGCUCAAAGCCUCCUGCGAUCGCUGUGAACCCUGCGCAGCCCACUGCGCAGAAGGCGAAGAAGACGAACGCGCUGCCCGGGAGGCUCGACCCUGCGCUCCAGCAUGCGUCUACCCUCACUAAGCCUCAGCUCAGCUUCAAGCGCAGACCGGACAACAACAAUAUGUCAAUAUGGCAUCCAACUCUGAAGCACAAAUACAACGCGCAGGUACCUCUUGGAUACAACCUCAGAGACGAUGAUACGGAAGAGAACCUCUCCGGACAGAGCGCUAGCCUCCACCCCUACCGCUACGAAAUCCGCCACACGCCCUACCCAGCACAUAUGUUCGCCUCCACCGCGCCCGUUCCCCCGCGCUCCUUCGAUGCGACGCCCUUCACCUGGGUGUCCGACUCCGCCGCGUUUGACGCGAUGCUCGAAAAGCUGCGCGGCGCGCGAGAGAUCGCGAUCGACCUCGAGCACCACAGCUACCGCACGUUCGCGGGCUUCGUGUGCUUGAUGCAGAUUAGCACGAGGGAGGAGGAUUGGGUUGUGGACACCCUUGCGCUGAGGGACGAGCUGGAGGCGCUGAAUGAAGUGUUCACGGACCCGAGAAUUGUCAAGGUUCUGCACGGUGCUGAGAGCGAUAUUGUAUGGCUCCAGCAAGACUUCAACCUGUAUAUUGUCAACUUAUUCGAUACAUACCACGCAUCCAAAGUGCUCGACUUCCCUCGACACGGUCUGGCGACUCUGCUAGAAAUGUACUGCGACUUCACCGCCGACAAAAAGUACCAGCUCGCCGAUUGGCGGAUCCGUCCGCUUCCCGAGGAGAUGCUCGCUUACGCGCGUUCCGACACGCACUUCCUCCUCUACAUCUACGACAACCUCCGGAACGCGUUGCUCGACCGCGGCCAGAGCCAGUCGCGCGCGGGCACCCCUCCCUCCUCGCAAACUCCCCACGAAAGUCAGAGUCAGACCCCGGCGGCGCACGCGCUCGUCCGCGAGGUGCUCGCGCGCUCAGAGGAGACAGCGCUGCGGGUGUACGAGAAGGAAUUAUAUGACUACGCGGAGGGGGGCGGGCCCGGCGGCUGGGAUACCCUGGCGAAAAAAUGGAACAAGGGCGCGCUGACGGCGGGUGCGGAGACGCAGGCGGGGACUGGGAGCGUGUACGCGGUGCAGCGGGCGGUGUACCGCUGCGUGCAUGCAUGGCGUGAUCGGGUGGCUAGGGAGGAGGACGAGAGUACGCGGUACGUGUUGCCGAACCACUACUUGUUCGUGCUCGCGGAUAAGCCACCGGCGGACAUGGCUGCGCUGCUGUCGGCAUUUCACCCCGUGCCGCCAGUCAUCCGGCGGCGCUCGAAGGAGCUGCUCGAUGCGAUCCGGCAGGCGGUCAAGGAGGCGCAGGGUGCCACGAAGACUGCGCCGGCGGACGCGCGCGCCAACGCGUCUGUGGCUCGAGCGGCCGCGGCAGCCACAGACGCGCCGGACGGGGACAUCGAGAUGUCUGCGGCCGGCGAGGUGGCCCUCGAUCCAACGAGUGCGGGGCCCGCGAGUUCCACGGACCUGUGGGCGCAUGGUGCUUUGACUGACGCUGUGAAUGUGCGCGGUUUGAUAGCGUCGCGGGCGCCCAAGGCGAGUGCUGCUGCGGGGUCGGCGCUGCUCGACAACCCCGUCGUCGCGAGGGUGGAGGUGAAGGGCACUGCGUCGUUCGCGGCGGCGGGCAGUGCGCUGUUCGGGGAUGCAUCGAAGAUGGCCGCGCGACCAUCGGGGGCGCCGGUCAGCACAGUACGGUUCAGGGAGGUGGUUGCACGGAUUCACGGGACCCUUGUGAUCGCGCCGUCCGUGCCGCGCGCACCCGCAGUGAAGAGCUCUGGGUCGCCUGGGCCAGAUGUGAGCAUGGAUGGGGGUAAUGCUGCGGACUCGGGUCCAGCCCUGGAAGGGGCAGUCGAAAUACCGUUUGUCCCGGCUGCGCAGCGAGGGCGGCCGGAGGCGGUGGAGGACGAUUCGAUUGUAGUCGUGGGGCAGCGGCGGGCGAAGAAGCGGAAACGGGUGCCGAAGAGCUCGAAGGACGGAGACGAGGCUGAGGCGGUGGAGGCGUUCGACUAUGGCGCGGUGUCGAACAUCCUGGACGAGGAGCCGGAGCCGGAGCCGGAGGACGGGGGCGCGAAGAGGCGCAAGAAGAAACAAGGUGCGUUUGCAGGAUACCAGUACGGCAACUUCCCCGCGCCCCCGCCUGCGCGCGCGCAACCCCAGAGCGGGAACCAGACACGGACGUUCCGGUAG